AUGGAAGACCUACCUCCACUGCGUCGCGGCCCCAAAAAGAGUCAUCGGAAGGUUCGCACGGGAUGUACGACAUGCAAAAGGAGGAAGGUCAAGUGCGACGAAGAGCAACCCAUAUGUCAUCAAUGUAUCAAGCAGAAAGCAGACUGCGACAUUACGUUAAGGUCUACCAGUAGCUUUCGCGAACAUGAGCCUCUGGACAGGCCCACCCUCGCCCCCAGUCAAGCACCAGACCUCAACAUGCUGGACCUAGAGCUUAUCUAUCACUGGACACUCUGGACCCACGACUCACUCACACUCAGCCCUCUUCUUCGGACUUUCUGGCUCAGGAAUACUACUAAAGCAGGCUUCCGCUGUCAUGUUAACCCCGUCAGGGGCGAGACGCUUGUUCGGUAUGCCCUCACUCAGCACAACCUGGCUGCCGCGACUGUUCGAGAAUUGAUACACCACAAUCAUGAUUCAAAAAGUACGGAAACAGAAGAGAACAUGUUCUUGUAUUCCGUUCUCAUCAACUUCCAUGUCAUCUCUCAGACCGAUGACUCUCACGCCGCCUUCUUCGGUCGCACCGGAAAGACGGAAAACGACACUCCCGACUGGAUGGCAUUUUUCAAAGGCUCUAGAAAUCUCUCGCUGGUCUCGUCGUUACUCGUCAGCCGCAGCCUCACCCAUCCCCUCAUUGAGCAUAUGGUGCAAAUGUACUCCUACCGGGAUCUUGUUGCUCACGGCCCCUACCUCGACUCGCUUCUUCAGCACAUGAACACUGUGAAAGAUGGCUGUGCCAAGUCAGAGAUCUCCACAUACUUGCAUGCGGCUCAGGAACUGGAAGCCACCUUCGGGGUGCUAUGCGAGUAUCCCGAGACCCGAGAAAUAAUUCAUGCCUUUCUCCUGAUAAGCAAUUUGUCAGACCACAGGGGAGACUUCAUUGCCUUGCUUCAACAGCCCGAACCAUCACAAGAAGCCCUAGUGAUCUUUACAUACUUUUGCAUGAUCCCACGACGGCUUCCACCGCGCUGGUGGUCAGAGAAGUGGGUCAAGGGGCUUGGAGAUGGUGCUUUCAGCUUGCUUGACGAUGAGCAUAAGGCUUGGAUCGUUGAGCCACCAACUUGGGACAGCUAG